UUAUCAGACGCGCAUAAUUCGCAUCUUGUAUGCUAUCAUCGUUACGUUUGUUGGUCGGAUGCAGCGAAAAUUGGAACAAUUACCUGGUCUUAGUAAUGUGACUGGGAAGUACACAAAAAAGUGUACAGACGAACCAUACCCUCGUUUGUUUGUACGCAAUACGAGUGAAGGUAGGAAUGAUGUCACAAUCCAUUUGAACAAAGUCAAGUCAGAAAGCUCGGGAGUUAAUAAUUCUGAUGUCGCAUCCCCUGUAUGGCCCUUGAAUGUCACAAAGUCUUCAAUCAUGCAGCCCCGAUCGGACUCCGCCAAUAGCUCCGAUUACUUACCAGUGAAUCACAAAUGUCCGAACAUUCAUGUCGCCAAACCUCAGUAUGUAACUCCGAAAUCGUCAACAGCACACCAAUCUUCGAUAUCUAAUGGACCAAAUAUGUCUUCAGGAGGAAAGGUGAGGCCUCAAAAAUCAAAUAUUCCUAUUAAGCCACAAGAUAUACAACGUACCAAACGAUAUAUGAAGGAAGUAGUGAAAUCGUCAUCAUCAGGAAGUGUGUCCACACUUCAGUCUAAACCCACGGGUGUGAUAAUAGCCACCCCAUGUUCUCCACAGGUUAAUGAACAGGGUCUCACCAGGUCGUUUGAUAGUUUUUCUGUGAGUGGAAGAGUGGCUUCAUCUAACUCAUUUUCUGGAAGUGAGGAAUCAUUUCAUACAGUCUCUGAAAGGGCGUCUUUUUUAAAUGAAAAAGAUUUUAGUCAAAGAUUGUUACCUAGUCCAUGCAUUGUGCCAGGUUAUUCUUAUGAGACAGAGGACAAGAUUUCUUCAACAAGAGAACAUUCACGUGACCGAUCGUCCAACACUCAGCCACCAAAUUUACUGAAUGUUAUGAAGAACUCACCUGGAGGUGCUGACUUUCAACACUGUUGUAAGAGAUCCUCAGAUGAUCGGGGGGCUUAUCCGCUAGGAGAUGAACAGUUAUGUAAUAGAAUAGGUCGGAUAAAUCUCUCGGAUAAUGAACCGGCUGUUUCACCUAUGCGUAUCGGCAACGACCCAUCAUUCCAGUCCACAGAACGUCACAUUUCAUACUCUGGUAAUCAGGAAAAACGAGAUACGAGUGAACUCAAGGGAAAACCCGUAAUACAACUUUAUGGUCUUCAACCGAGGCACGCCUCAUGGAAUGUUGGUUUUCCCAAUGUAGCUGGAUUACCAGAUGCUCGAAUGCCGGGUUCACAGUGCACGCAAAACGCUUUGGAACAUUACUUGUCAGACUUGAUAGCAGAUGAGCAGAGAAUAAUGGCGAAUAGUCCUUGUACGGGUUUGGCUCAUGGCUAUUGCGAAACAACGUCUGGUCAUGUGAAUCCCUCAGUUUCUCCAAAAUCUGGUGAGACUGAGAAGAAACUGUGCUCUACUGAUUUAUUACAGUUUCUGGAGCAACGUAUUGAAAAUGCUUUGAGCAGUAUGACGUCUAUGGACUCAAAACCAUACCCUUAUCAUAGUACGCAAAAUCGGAUGCACCCAAAUAGGAGUGCUUCCUUAAAUCCAGUUUGCGAACCUCGAGUAAAAGGUGUUGAGUCACCUUCAAUGACUGGGAACCUCUUUCAAUAUCAACCGGCGUUUGAAAGUAAUGAUUCACAACAGAUUUAUUCCUACGAAAACUCUGCUACGCCUCUAAGUAGACAACACAUUAGUUCUUAUUCAGAUGAACGCUCGAGCCAAACUUACGCAGAGAGCAAUGUUCUUCAACAAUUUAAUUUCGACGAGUUGCAGUAUCUUCUUAAAGCUGUCAGAGAUUUGUUGGUGUUACGCACUUCUUCUGCAUACACAAAUGCUUCACUGGGACAAGAUGGAUGUAAAAUGACCGAACUAGAUAAACCACGAAAGUAUGGUAAAACUGAACGAAACGAAACAUGUGUGGUGUCAAACAGAGAUGAUCAAAGUAUGUGUACGGAAUCACCAUAUAUAGCUAGAUCACUAUCAAGCAGUCGUAGUAGCAGUGCUGUGAGAAGCAAUCGCUUUGAGACGACGUCAGAAUCUCGAGGAAGUCGAUUGAGUUCCGGAAUAUCCGAAGACGGUAGCCACUCAAAUGCUGAUUUAAUGCAUCAGCGUCUACCCAUAGGUUUUCAGCAUUUUGAGCGGUAUUUGGAUAGCAAAUUUGGCCCAGAUCACCCAACUAACAACGCUUUCACAAACAGUUCGGAUGUUCAGUUAAAACCUGAGUCAUGUGUAAAAACAAUGCAAACGACUUCAGGACAUCACUCCUCGGUAUUGUCGGGAAAUUCAUCUGACCACAAUUCACACAUGUUAACUAAACAAAAACUACACAGUUGCAUUCCAAUGCAUUUAGGAACUACUCAAGCAGGUAUUAUUACCACAAACAAAGCUGAAAAAACCGUCAAUCAUUCUUUUAUGACACCUGUUUCGCAAUACCAUAAUAAUUUAAGCGAAGGAUCCUGUCCAGUGUAUACAAAUUUGCAGUCUGAUUAUUCAGAACAAACAGAAUGGAAUUUAGAUGAAAAACUAACAAUGACUAGUGAAUCUUGUACUUCAACGUCUAACCAACCUGGUUUGGUCACACACACACAUAACAGUGGAUACGUGUCUGUUCCCCUCAUAAACCACUCAACCUCUUCUCAUACUGGAAACGCAGAUGGCAAUACUAAUCAUAUGAAUUACUGCACAGAGUCAAAUAACAUAUAUGCUCCCGAUCUUCAACAGGGACAAGCAACUUCUUGGCCACCGAGUUGGUAUCAGUGGUACAUUUCUUCUCACAUGUUUCCACAAAGGCAUCCAUCAUACUCACAGUUUCCCUAUCACCAUUACUAUUACCCACACCUGAAACAACAACAAUUCGGUCUUGAUCAUGCAGUUUUUUCACAACGCAUGAAUCGUUUAGUCACGCCUUUAUCUUAUGUGAUGAAUUCUCCUCCAAACUAUGCACCAUCGGGGCAUUUUUGCUGUAUGGAUCCAAACCAUGCACACGUAUACGAAGGCAAUUGUACAUCCCCUUUGACCGAAAGUUGCCAUUUCGUUUCCUAUGAUCCACAGACUACAGAAAACCCACUACAAGCAAUAGCAGCCGGUGGUCUAUGCUCAUGUGCAAAUCCUGAUGGAAUCAAACGAUUUGCUAAUAUAAACUACACCUAUUCGGAUAGAAUUCCAACAAAUUCUUAUGCAGCUUAUAGACCAUCAGGUGUGUAUUCACCUCCACCUGGUUAUCCUUGGUUUCCUUGCAUGAACACUGUUCGCUGGGAUCCAUUUUCUUAUAAUAACAACAAUAGCCUAGAAAACUACAAUUGGAAUGCUUAUUUUCAACGUCCGACUUAUGGACGAUUUACAAAUUGUAUGCCUCGUUCUGGUAGUGCAAAUGCUGGGUUUUCAUAUUCGUCUGAAACAGAUAAUUUAUCAACUCAUACUUCUGAACGUGGAGCAGCUUCAGAACUUGAUAGAUUUAAACAAAAUAGCAAUCGUUGUGAGCAUUAUUAUGCAGUUAAUCCAAGUAACCAGGUAUUUAUACUGUCAGAUCAAACAAAUGAUUCACAAAGCUUCUUUCAUCACAAUAAUAAUAAUGGUAACAACGUUUUACAGUCACCGGCUUUACGCUCAAUGACUAAUUCGUUUAGUGCUAAUGAUUUAGCCGCUUAUCAUAAUCAAAGUAGAAUAGGAAUAAGAUAUACUAAGUCAAGUUUUGAUUUAGCUCCAGAAUUACCCGUUGAACCGGGAUUAGCUUUAAUGGAUCAUUCUAAUUUCUAUUCGAAAAUUUCAUCAUUAAUUGAAAUGGACAACAAUAGUCGCUUAAUUUUACCGAAUGGAUGGUCUGAAAGACGAUCAGGUCUUGGUCGAUCAUAUUAUACAUGUGAUUCAACCAGACGAUCCACAUGGAAUCAUCCACUUAUUGGACCGUAUAUACCACUGGGAUGGGAACGUGUUGAUUCGAGCCAAUCAGGUGUUUACUAUCAAAAUUUACUUAUUCCUCACUGUCAACGUCAUCAUCCCAACCUCUGGAUUAAUGCUCCUUUAAAAGAUCCUGAAGUAGAACGUAAAAGUUUCUUUACCGAUCUACGUAAACUACAAUUAUCCCUACGGCAUAAUUUACUUGCUUGCCAUAGUGAAGUGGGUGCAUAUAAAAAUGCUAAUUCAGAACAAGAACAAUACUUUAUAUGCUUGGAAUGUUGCUUCAAUGUACUAAUUGCAUUUUUGUAACAGAUUUCUAUAAGUUUUGCUUUUUCCUUAUUUUCCUCUAAAUUCAACGAUAUUUAAAUAUUACUAGUGACAUUGCUUAUAAUUAAUAUAAGUUUAUAACUUUAAAGCAAGCAUUCCAAACAGUAGUGAAUGCUGUAAUAUUAAUGAUAGGAAAGAAAAAUUCUAUGUACACACCGUGUUUGAAUGUUUUGUAUUUUAAUGUCUUAUUGGUUUAGUGAAAUGAAAUAGAGACAAUCACAAUGGAUAGAAACUUUUUUUUACAUAGAGUAACUAAAAUAAUCACCUGUUAAUCGUGUAGUACACAUUCUUUUCUUUUCAUGGUCAAACAUUACUUUUUUAAUACCUUUCUUUGUAGACCAUAAAUAUCAAGUUUAUUUUACAUACAUUAGUUUUCAUUUUUCUUUUAUUCACCUUAUUACAUUGUUAAAAACAAAAUCUCAAAUGUGCAUUGUUAAAUAUCAGACCUCCAAGUUUGUAAGUCAAAUUCCUAACAUUUGUAUGAAUGUAGACUAGUUUUUAUUCGGAAGAAAUGGAAUGAUACUUAAAUGUUAAACAACAAUUUUAUACAGUUUAACUUCAUGGCACGGAUUUGUGAACAUUUAUGCACAAAUUCUUUACUUUUUUCAAUUUGGUGAAUAAACACUUGCUUGUAAAACUGUUCACAAACAACAAUCGUAAUAGUAUUAAUGAUUUUCGUACAAACCUUAAUAACAGAAUACUUUCAAAUAUGAUUGGACAGAUUUUGGUAUGUAUGAAUUUCUCUAUGGUAAUAUUUUUCUAGCACAUACCAAAUAAUAAGCACGUGACUGGAAAUAACGAGUGGGCAAUACGAAUAUCACAGUUUUACAUCUAUGUACAUCUCCAUGCCUUUAUAGACAAGUAUAUGCAUAUGUCUGUGUGCAUUUGGUUACGAAAAUUGAAGUCCAUUUUAUUAUCAUCUGUUAAUCAAGUUUGCAUUGACACUAACAGCAAUCUCUAAGCUUAUAAAUACAAUACUACAUGUUUCUUAAUCAAUAUUUUCUUUCUGGCAGUAUAUAUACAUUUUUUCUGUGACAAUGCUUAAAAAUAUUGAUAAUUAGCAAUUUUUUCUAAAUUUGUAUACUUCUAAGAGGGAACGAAUUUUUACAUAAUAACUGGUUGUUUUAAUUUAUUGACCUACCUAAUAUCUCCCAACUGUUCUGAAUGAUACUUUACUGUUUUACACCCAGAUGAAACGAAACGACUUAUCGGUUAACUUCUAUCGAACCAGAAAUCAUAUGAAUAUUCUUAUUAUCCAGAUCCAUGGUUAGUAAAUUAUAAUAAGAUAUACAUCAUAAGAAAUCCCACGUUUAUUUUUCUUGAUUAAGACUAAUAUAGGGUAAGGAAUGAUUGGUACUAUCUGGUGUAUGGUAAUUCGGGUUAAUUCAUAACUUCUAUUAGUUUUAAUAUAAUUUACGGUAUUACAUGCUCGUUGAACACCUAUUUAUUUAUUACUUUUUUCGACCGUAUGUAAAGAAGAAGUCAGUUACGAAUUCAUAGUCAAUAUGUUUAUAUAUCAGUAUCGUGUAUUGUAAGAAUUGGUUAUGGAUAUCAUGCGUCAGAUUGUCAAAAUUCUUCAAAAGUUAAGAUUUGUGAUGGUUCUUAACAGAUUUCCUUUAAAAGCUUACAUGUUUACAUUUAAAUAUAAUCUAACCAGUUAUCACUCUAAAAUUUUUAUGACCCUUUUCUAUAGACGAAUCAAUUAUCAUAAUCUGACUUCAUCUGAACAUAAAAAUUCCAUUUAAACUGUUGCUCACAACUCAUAUUCAAGCCCAAUCGUUGUGGCUACCUUGAAAUGGUGGCCAGGCUUGCCUAUCGUCAUGAACCAAUCGAGCUAUACUGGCUGGAACAACCGUUUCUCAAGGUCCUAUCAUGCCAGACAGGUCGGUUGAAGAACGGCAAGACUAAAAGCAGCAAACUCAAGGUCCGAAGGCGAAGUCGUACUGCUGACUAUACAGAAAUGUGACGGCAGUAAGGUAUUUCCUCCAGACAACCAGCAUAACAGCGAUGCUGCCUUCCCGCAAGGAGGGAUGGGGUUAUGAAAGGUCGACCCUAAAAAUGCUCACCUCUCCUUAUUCCACGGGUAUCCAUCUCUGGCGGUAAGGUCUCAACAAGUACGGUGCUAGCGCGAAAAGUACCCACAAAAAGGUCGUCUGUGACAGACCUCAAGCAGUUUUCCCCUGGGCACUGCAGUCACGCUCUCAGAUCACUAAGACCACCUUUAACCCAAUUUCUUUUUCAGGUAGCUCUAGAAGAACCCUUCCACGGUGUGGGCGAUCAGGAAGUGAUAACCGCCCUCAUACCUCUAACAUUAUUCAAGACCACUGUAUAACCUCUUAUUCAAGUUAUCACACGAUAUAAUCUAAUAUGAACUGCUAUCUCGCAGAAGAAUACCGACACAUGUUUUUCUCAGUAAAUAUAUUGCUUAUAGAUACUUUUAUCAUCACCUGGUUUCAUUUGAAUGCCCUUGCAUCUUUCUAUCGUAACAUAUCAACUGAUAGAACUUGUACAUUUAUUUAUAAUAAGCACUAUAAUUGAUAGGGUGCUAAAUUCCUGGCCAGCCUAAUCUGAUUUACACAAUCCCGAAGUGUUGUUAAGACGUAUUGGGAUUUAUUUGAAACACAUUUUGUAGACUGAUAUCUGUUUUCUAAACGUGAUCACAGUAUGUGUUGGUAAAAAUUAUGAGUGUUAAGCAAUAAAUUUCAGUAUCAAGAGCAAGUAACGAACGUCAUUGUCUUUGAACUGUAUGUGUGAUGAUUUCUAUAGUGUAGAUUUAUUAUUUUCGGACAGAUAACCAGUUUUAUAUGUGAAUUAGCUAGAAAAGUGUAUUUUGUCUACUAUGUUUGGCGGCUAGAACACUCGCUACACGUGAUUUUCCUCUAAUUCUAUUACACUGAUAUGGUCUGUAUAAUCAUAAGUAACCUUUACUUACGAUGAUUAGUCUGCUUCUUACUAAGACUCAGAUGGCCAUUCAGAAGUAUUUAAAUUAGUAGCUCCGUCUUAUCUUAAUUACUAAAAACUAAUAUUCUCGUUGAGACCCUAUGUCUGUGAUAUCUUGAAUUUAUAUUUACUUGUUUUGAAAUUUUCGCUUCUCGAUUUCAUUUGUCUUUGCUUUUCCUUAGAACCGAUUUCGAUAUUUGAAAUUAGAGUCACUAAUGGGGAUGAUUUAUGGUUUAGAUCAACUGUUCUACCAAGAUCUUCAUGCUUUAGUGGUAUCCUUCGAACAAGAAAGAAUGUCAGUAGUUUCUCAAAUGUUUGCAAUUCGACCACCAGAGAAAACCUUCCCCCAGUUUACAGAUCCUUAACUUAACCCUCGUUUGUGCAUUAAUUCUUCAAACUUUUUUAAAGUGUUUGAUUUCUUAUUCAUUCACUUUUGUAUAAAGGUCUGUAUACUAUUUACGUCUCAACAAAUACACUAAUUAUGGACUCUUUGUAAGAAUAUUCACGAGUUUCAAGUAUUUAAACUUUCAUCUUGACUAACCGGUUAGUUAUAUUAUAUAGUGAGAUGAAACUUUUAGUAAAACAUUGAAUUUCUGCUUAAAGUUUCAAAUAUAUUCGAUACUCCAAUCAUAA